UGAGGUGCGAGAUUACGCGCUGUUCUCGCGAGAUUUCGGCAUGUUCCGCUGGCAGUGGUGAAGAUGGAGGGCGGCGGUAAUGGAGGACUGACCGGGAAUAAUAAACAGAAUAAAGCGAUGUUAGCCGGGAAAGGUCGAGCCGAAUUCACGCGAAAUCAGAGAAAAGAUUCCGAGGGGGUGUGUGAGGCUCCUGAUCUGGAGUUUGAGUACUUUGACUCUGAUAAAUGGGCUGCUGAGCUCUCAGAACUGUACAGCUACACUGAGGGUCCAGAGUUUCAGCUGAACAGGAAAUGCUUUGAGGAGGAUUUACACACACACAUGUGUGAGAAGCGCUGGGUGGACCUCAGUGUGUCAGAGCAUCGGGCUCAUGCUCUGCGUUUGCUGGAUGGACUGGACGUGACCUGCAGAGUUAAAAGGUUGAAGGUCGCCAGGGCUGUGCUCUACAUGGCCCAAGGGACGUUUGCGGACUGUAGCUCGGAGGCGGAGCUUCAGUACUGGGUGAGGUAUAAUGUGUUCCUUCUGCUGGAGGCCGGAACGUUCUCCGCUCUAGUGGAGCUGCUUAACAUGGAGAUUGAUAAUAAUGCAGCUUGCAGCAGUGCAGUGAGGAAACCUGCCAUAUCCCUCGCAGACAGCACAGACCUCAGGGUGCUCUUAAACAUCAUGUAUCUGAUUGUGGAGACGAUUCGGCAUGAAGAUCCUGCAGAUCCUCCAGAGUGGAGAGCCUUAAGAGAAACCUUUAAAACUGAGCUGGGCUCUCCGCUGUAUAACAGUGAGCCGGUUUCUGUGAUGCUCUUUGCCAUGGUAACCAAGUUCUGCAGUGGCCACGCCCCCCACUUCCCCAUGAAGAAAGUGCUGCUGCUGCUCUGGAAGAGCAUUCUGUUCACAUUGGGAGGCUUUGAGCAACUGCAGAGUCUGAAGGUGUGCAAGAGGGCGGAGCUUGGUUUGCCCUGCCUUCCUGAAGACAGCAUCAGGGUGAUGAAGAGCAUGAGAGCCUCCUCCCCGCCCACCUCAGCCUGUGACAUCAUUGACCAACAACAAAGACGUACACGCAGAGAACACAAGGCCCUGAUAAAGCAGGAGAAUCUGGAGGCCUUUAAUGAGAAGGAUCCCUUUAAGGCAGAGGACGCACGAGAGGAAGAGGAGGAGAGUGAUGAUAAUGAGAAUUCUCUAGAGGCAGAACCUUUUCCUCUGGAGCGUGAUGAGGUCAUGGCCCCGCCUAUUCCUCACCCCUCCUCUGACAGAGUGUCCUUCCCUAAAGGGCUUCCGUGGGCUCCAAAAGUCCGGGAGAAAGACAUUGAGAACUUUUUGGAAUGCAGCAGGAGUAAAUUCAUUGGCUAUACACUGGGAAAUGACACAGACACAGUGGUGGGUUUGCCCCGACCGAUCCAUGAGAGCAUCAAAACCCUCAAACAGCAUAAGUAUGUCUCCAUUGCGGAGGUGCAGAUCUCAAAGGAGGAGGAGUAUCAGAAAACCCCGCUGUCUGGGGGUGAGGAACAGAUUGAGCUGUGUGCCACUGAGCUGCUGUAUCAGGGAAUUUUACCCAGCCUGCCUCAGUACAUGAUCGCUCUUUUGAAGAUCCUGCUUGCUGCUGCUCCGACAUCAAAAGCAAAGACGGAUUCCAUUAACAUCCUCGCUGAUGUUCUGCCAGAAGAGAUGCCGACCACAGUGUUACAGAGUAUGAAGCUGGGUGUGGACGUGAACCGCCAUAAAGAGAUCAUUGUUAAAGCCAUCUCUGCUAUUUUACUGCUCCUGCUGAAACACUUCAAACUGAACCACAUCUACCAGUUUGAGUACAUGGCUCAGCACCUUGUCUUUGCUAACUGCAUCCCGCUGAUCCUGAAGUUCUUUAACCAGAACAUCAUGUCAUACAUCACUGCAAAAAACAGCAUUUCAGUGUUGGAUUUCCCCUACUGUGUCCUGCAUGAGCUGCCUGAGCUCACAGCUGAAAGCUUGGAAGCGGGAGAUAAUAAUCAGUUCUGUUGGAGGAAUUUGUUCUCUUGCAUCAACCUGCUCAGAAUCCUCAACAAACUCACCAAGUGGAAACACUCCAGGACUAUGAUGUUAGUGGUGUUCAAGUCGGCGCCGAUCCUGAAGAGAGCACUGAAGGUGAAACAGGCGAUGCUGCAGUUGUAUGUGUUGAAGCUGCUGAAGGUACAGACUAAAUAUCUGGGCCGUCAGUGGAGGAAGAGCAACAUGAAGACCAUGUCAGCCAUCUACCAGAAAGUCCGUCAUCGACUCAACGACGACUGGGCAUACGGCAAUGCAGAUCUGGACGCACGGCCAUGGGACUUCCAGGCAGAGGAGUGUUCCCUGCGUGCGAGUAUCGAACGGUUUAACGCACGGCGGUACGAUGCGGCUCAGCGCAACCCGGACCUGGUGCCGGUCGAUAACUGUCUCCAGAGUGUUUUGGGUCAGAACGUGCCACUGCCCGAUGACUUUCACACAACCUACGACCUGUGGCUUGAACGUGAGGUGUUCUCUAAACCCAUCUGUUGGGAGGAGUUGCUCCACUGAGGGCGUGGUCAUCAUACCAAUGGGUGGGGCUUAUGCAGUGAUUGGCACGUGGUGGCACAGCAUCACUCUCAUUCCUCACGACACAUUUAUGAUAACACUGAGUCAACACUCCUGACCAUUUACUCUACAGGACCAGUCUGUCAGCCUUGUGUGUGUGUGUGUGUGCGCGCACUUGCAUUAAAGUGGGGUUGGUAAGCAUGUGUUUAUUACACUCUCUCUUAACCAUAAAGUUGAGUGUUCAGUGCAGUGAAAUGCUGUUGGUAUUCUUUGGUCACAUGAUGGAGUCAUGUGAUCAAGAGUCUGAGGUAAAUAAUAAACUAUUGUACAACUAUGAAGUGCUCAUGACCAAAAGUGUGUGCAGUUUCUGUGAGGACUUUUUUAUUGCUUCAUCAGCUUUCAUUUCUUAAUUUAGAAAAUAAAAUGACAUUAAAGGAAAA